AUGGCUGAAAUUGUAAUGUGUGAGCCUCAAGAGCUCUACAAUCUCCUCAACCAGAGCAGUAGAAAUGUUUCAAGGCUGGCAGAGAUCAACUACCUCUGUUUGAUGGAUGCUCGUGAAGCCCAAGAUUACAAAACAAGCCACAUCCCAACAGCUAGACAUGCCAACGUGGAUUCAGAGGGAACAUUUCUCCUACCAGAAGCUGUGGAGGUGGACAGUAUGCAUCAUGUGGUGGUCUACGACAGCAACACGAGCUGUUUAGAGGAGAAAGGCAGAGCAGCUAAAUGUGCCCAAGUGUUUGCUAAAGUGAGCCUCUAUCCUGUCAAGAUAUUAAAAGGAGGGUUUGAGAGAUUCUCUGCUCUUUACACUUUUCUUAGGACUGAGAAAAUCCUCUACACCAUCCUGGAGCUGGACAACCUGAAGACAUAUCCAGUGGAGAUUAUAGCAGGACGUCUGUAUAUGAGUGACGAGAAACAAAGCAUGGACUCCAGCAUCCUAAAAGACCUGAAGAUCAGCGCUGUUGUCUGUAUCUCUGAGAGUGACACUGUGGAGUCUACAUUCACAAAGGGGAACAGGACCAUCCUGAGCAUCCCUGCUGCCGACACAGAUGCGUCUGAUUUGUCUGCAAGUUUUGAAAGGAUUUGCAGUUUUAUUGCUUCAAACUUCAGCGCCGACUCUCGUGUGUUGAUAGUUUCCAAGCAUGGCCGAAGCCGCUGCAGCGCUGUGACCAUUGCUUUUCUAAUGCAUCACCUCAAAUACACACUAGAGGAGGCUUGGAAGCACAUGUGCAAAUGUAAGCCCAACAUGAGGCCCAACACGGGGUUUCUAAAGCAGCUGUCUGACUGGGAGCUUCACACCACAGGAACAAGAGUGACUGAUAUCUCUGAACCUUUUUAUUAA